GUAAUUUUAUAUAAUAAAUUCAGUCUUUCAGAGCCUGGAAGAUGUUUUUAAAUGUUCAUCCUCUCCUCCCUGUAGAUCCCUUCACUCCAGCGGCUGGUACAGCUGAUCACUCCCUUCAGUUGGACCUGUUCUCCAUGCAGCCAGUAGAUGACAGUAACUCUCUCUUUAGCUCAGUGGCACCCACUACUGUCCAGGCAUCUGUCUCCACCACCACCAGCACUGUAGCCCCCACUGCUUCCCCAGCCCCAACGAUAGACCUGUUUGCUGUUUUUUUUGAUCCCAUGCCAGAUUCAUCUGUUCCCAAAACAGACCCAAACCCCAGUCUAGACCAGUUUUCAGCAGAUGUGUUUUGUCCUCCUGCUGCUGCUCUGUCGGCCCCUAUGAGCUGGCCAGACAGCGGGGCAGAUCUGGACCUGUUUGGGGGUUGGUAACUACCCAGUUUGCAUGCUGGGGGUUUGAUUUGCAUGUCUUGCUCAGAUGGUUGCUGUGGAUUCUGUUAAAGCUGUUCUGAUGGUUGAUGAGAUUUCCUGAGCUGACAGUUCAAAAGGCUUUAAUGAGGUUUAUGUGUGCACUUUUGUGUGAGUUUGUUUCUAUUUCUGGCUUUUAUUUAUGUGUGAUAACACUCUCUCUCCAUCUCUCGCUCUGGUGUUGUUUCUCAGCGUAAUGGCUUUGGCUCACUCUAACCUUUUUUACCCUAAUGCUGCAUGGAUG